CCAAUCUACAUCUUUGUUAGAGAUUUUUUUCAUAAAGAGGCCAAGCCUUUUAUUCUAAACUAAGUAACAUUUAAAGAGGGAAAUAUAUCAGGCAAAGUUAGAGUGUCCUCGAUAUUACAGCCCUAAACUUAAAUCUCCUGCUUUCAGAUCCCAACCCUCCCUGGGUGCAUCCCUUCUGCAGGAAUAAUGGUCUGGGUGGGAAACCAGACUCUCAUUCCCCACUUCAUCCUCCUUGGCCUCUUCACUCACUCCCCGCUGCACUUCUUCUUCUUCUCCAUCAUCAUGGUCAUGUUUCUGGUGGCCCUGUCUGCCAAUGGGCUCAUGAUCUUCCUCAUCCACGUUGACUCCCGCCUCCACAGCCCCAUGUACUUCUUCCUCAGCUGGCUGUCCCUCAUGGAUCUCAUGCUCAUCUCCACCAUUGUGCCAUGGAUGGCUGUGGAUUUCCUCCUGGGUGGUGGCGCCAUCUCCUUCACAGGCUGUGGGCUCCAGAUCCUCUUCUUCCUCACCCUCCUGGGGGAUGAGUGCUUCCUGCUGGCCUUCAUGGCCUACGAUCGCUACGUGGCCAUCAGCAACCCACUGAGGUACUCGAUGGUCAUGAGCCGUCGUGUCUGCUGGAUCAUGGUAGCAGGCUCCUGGCUUUUUGGACUGGUAGACGGGCUGAUCCAGGCUGUCUUCACCCUCCGCUUCCCUUACUGCAGCUCCCAGGAGAUCGACCACUUCUUCUGCGAUGUUCCCACUGUGCUCAAGCUGGCCUGCACUAAUACUUCCCUUUAUGAGACCAUGAUCUAUGUCUGCUGCAUCCUCAUGCUUCUCCUACCCUUCUCUGUCAUCUCUACCUCCUACCUGCGGAUCCUGGUGGCUCUGCUCUGCAUGCGCUCUGCCGAAGGCCGGCAGAAGACCUUUGCUACCUGCUCCUCCCACAUGGCAGUGGUCUCCCUCUUCUACGGGGCUGCCAUGAUCACCUACAUGCGACCCCAGGCUUACCACUCCUCGAAGCAGGACAAGGUGGUUUCCGCCUUCUAUACCAUGAUCACCCCCAUGCUCAACCCUCUCAUAUACAGUCUGAGGAACAAGGAAGUAACUGGGGCUCUGAGGAAACUCCUGGGAAGGUGUUCCUUUGGGGAAGGACAGGGCUAGGUUGACACCAGCAGACAUGGGCUUCCUGACUUGGGAAUUUGGAUUAGCUAAUGGCAUCAUUUGAUACAGGAGAAAUGUAGCUUACUAAAAAUAAAAGGCAUACUCUGACCAAAGUUAAUCAGGAUUAGCACAUUGAUUCAAUCCUUCAGAUUCAUGCUGAGUGUAGGCAAUAAGUAAGAAAGGCUUGGGCCUAAGGCGUUACAAAAAGUGGAAGACACAGACAGAAAUGUUUAUCCCCACAGCUCCUGGGAGAGUCAGCAGGUGACAGCUCUCAGCAGCACCCCUCUCUAGGGGUUAACCGU